AAUGAUUGUCACGUGGCUGCGUUCCAGUUCUUUUGUUCCAUCUCUACGGCUGGCCAUCUCUUCCAGGCGAAUUUUUUCCAUCAUGAGCAAUGAGGGCGACGUUCUACAGCCGCUACGCGAGGCAGUCAAACGGCAGGGAGAUCUGGUAAGAAAAUUGAAGGAAGACAAAGCUCCCGAGCAGGACGUCCAAAGGGCUGUCUCUGAGCUGAAAGCUAGAAAGAAGGCUUUGGAAGACAAGGAAAAGAGUAUGGUGCCGAAAGGGGCUUUUAAUCGCCCGGGAUUGGAGGACUUGGUCAAGCGACGAUUCUUUUAUGCACCUGCGUUUUCGAUCUAUGGAGGUGUUGCCGGGUUGUAUGAUUUUGGUCCCACCGGUUGUGCCAUGAAAGCAAACCUUCUGUCGUUUUGGCGAUCGCAUUUUGUGCUUGAGGAACAAAUGCUUGAAAUAGACUCGACUUCGCUCACACCAGAACCUGUGCUACAAGCAUCUGGUCAUGUAGAGAGAUUCGCAGAUUUUAUGGUAAAAGAUCUAAAAACUGGAGAAUGCUUUCGAGCCGAUCAUUUGCUAGAAGGUCACUUAGAGAAACUUGCAUCUGACCCUAAGGUUGAUCUAGCAAAGAAGGAAGAGUAUAUAUCAGUUGCAUCACAGACUGAUAAUUAUGGUAAGGAGGAACUGGGUAGUAUGCUAUCCAAGUACAACGUGAAGUCACCAAUCACAGGAAACGACAUAUCUCCUCCUAUUCCAUUUAACCUCAUGUUUCAGACUUCUGUCGGUCCUAGUGGUGUAUUGCCCGGAUUUCUUCGCCCUGAAACUGCACAGGGAAUAUUUGUCAAUUUCCACCGGCUUUUACAAUACAAUAACGGCAAACUUCCAUUUGCUGCUGCUCAAAUUGGACCCGCAUUUCGAAACGAGAUUUCUCCUCGGUCUGGACUACUUCGAGUCAGAGAAUUUACACUGGCUGAAAUUGAACAUUUUGUUGAUCCCGAUCACAAGGAGUGCCCAAAGUUCGACUCUGUUGCAGACGUGAAGGCACUCUUUUAUUCGGCUUGCAACCAAUUAGAUGGGCAACCAGCACAACUACUGACUCUACGAACGGCAGUUGAAUCGGGUCUUGUGUGUAAUAGCACGUUAGGAUAUUUCCUAGGUCGAAUCUAUUUAUUCAUGACCAAGAUCGGUAUUCAUCCCGACAAAUUUCGAUUUCGACAGCACAUGUCCAAUGAAAUGGCUCACUACGCGUGUGACUGCUGGGAUGCCGAAUGUCAAACUUCUUAUGGUUGGGUUGAAUGCAUAGGCUGUGCCGAUCGAUCUUGCUACGAUUUGUCUUGUCACAUGAAAGCAACCGGUGCUGCAUUGGUAGCAAAGAAAGAUCUGAAAGAACCGAAAGUAGUUGAAGUUGUUGAAGCGGUUCCAGAAAAAGGAGCAGUUGGUAAAACUUUCAAAAAAGAUGCCAAAGUCAUAAUGGAAAAGCUCAGCGGGUUGACUCCGGACGAAGUGAGGCAACUUGAAGACUCUAUGAAGGAGAAUGGGAGGUAUGAUCUAAGUGUCGAUGGCAAGUCAUUUCAAUUAGAAUCCAAUAUGAUUAAAGUUCAGAGAUAUCAGAAGAAAGUUCACACCGUUGAUGUCGUGCCUGGUGUGAUCGAACCAUCCUUUGGGAUCGGUCGAAUAAUGUAUGCAAUUUUAGAGCAUAAUUAUCGCGUUCGAGAAGGAGAUGAACAGCGAUCCUGGCUGUCUCUACCUGCUGUUAUUGCUCCUGUCAAGUGUUCAGUGCUACCACUGAGCAGCCACUUAGAUUUCAUUCCCUCAGUUAAAAAUAUUUCCGAUGCUCUGACUAGAUUGGACGUGUCGCACAAGGUUGAUGACGGCAGUGGAUCUAUUGGUCGGAGAUACGCACGGACGGAUGAGAUUGGCAUACCAUUUGGUAUCACCGUUGACUUCGACACAGUGAGGAAAUCUCCUUCGACUGCUACACUAAGGGAGCGUGAUAGCAUGAAGCAAAUACGAGUAGAGAUCUCUGAACUGCCGGAGCUUGUUAGUCAACUGUCUCGUGGUGCUCUGACGUGGAGUGAUGUACAGACGCGUUUUCCGGAGUUUACAGCUCAAGAAACGACUAUUUAAUCGAGUUUCAUGACAAACGCAAGCGGUGAUGUGGUUUUUGUAGUCUCUAGUGCAUAUUUAGAGUGAUUUUGGGAGGUAACUCUACGUCUAACGUUGACUACCUGUAUGUCUUUCUUGUCGUUUGUUGUUGUGGUAAUUGUGGAUUAAUUAAUUAAGUGUGAAACAUUCAUACUGUUAGACACAUGAAAUUCAAAUGAUAUUGCAAUGGCGUUUGACUUUCAUGCAUGCCAACCACUUUUUAAGUAUUCUGACUGUAUCCGUUUUCAACUCUAUCAGUGAUGAUGAUAAUUUUUUAGAUCUAUCACAAUAGUAUUGUAGUGUCGCGGGGCU